AUGGAAUUAUUUAAAUAUUUAGUUAAUUAUUGGUUUAAAAUUGAAUUGGGUGAAGAAAAAAUAAUUUUUGUUGAAGCCCCAAAGGGUUAUGAAAAUACGAGAAAAAUUGUUGAUUGGAAUUUGGAUAAAGAGAGGAAACAACGUGAAGAACAUUUUAAAAGUUUAUUGAAAGAAGGAUAUGAAAAACAUUCAAAAAUUUUAUGGCCAAUUAUUUUGCCGGGGUUUCCUACACAAAAUACUGGAUUUAACAUUAAUGGAAGUACAGAUUUAAUCAUUAAAGAGGAAAUAAAGGGAGGGUUUGAUAAAUUUAGAAGACUUGAGGAACAAUUUAAAAACUUAUUGGAAAACAAGAGUAUCAAUGAUUCUGAACAAAUAUGGAAAGAUUGGCUAAAUGGAGGAAAGUUUAGUGAUAAAUAUGAUAAUUAUCUGGCAAUUAUUUGUUUACAUACAGAACUAAGCUUUUAUGGACCUCAGUUUUGUGAAUUUACUGAAACCCGUAUUCGACUUGCACUUUUAUCAAUUGUUGAAUAUCACAAUCCGAACAUUGAAUAUUGCCAUGUAUCCCCAACAAAAUAUUUGGACAAUAAACCUUGCCCUAAAGAAUUCGUUGAAAAAAGAUUUUUAGAUUGGAUUUGUAAUGUUUGGAUUGUUGGAAUUAAAGGAGGAAAUGUUGCUGAAAUUAAUGAAACGCUUAGUAAAAAUAUUUUUAGAGAUUUUAACAAAUUGGGACGAAGAAAGAAGUUGAGACUGAGUGAUAAGAAAAAAUUUAGAUUGGAGACUAAGUUUUUUGUGAAAGAUGAAUUGAAGAAGAUUGAAGAAGAUGUUCUUUAUGGGAAUUGA